CUGUCUUGCACGUUAUCCGAAAAUGCGGAUCUACUUUUGUAUUUAUUAAAUGUAAAGGAGAUUCAAUCCCAAGUUCAAUUGAUUCCAAGCAUUAUUUCACUAGCCUAUAGAGCUCUGCGUGAUGGUGAAGCUUUGUUGGCCAAGACUUCCGGGAUUUCCGAUUGUGAACCAGUUCCUAUGUUCACUGCUCCAUUCGAAGAUUCGAAGUCACCCAACACAACGCGAACUACUGCCAAAUCGGGAGAUGGUGAUGAAGGAGAAGAAGGAGAAGUUCUGGGGGAUGAUGACGAUGAGGAUGAAGCAACAUUGGAACCCAAAAAUUCCGCCAGUGAUUCAAACAGCUCUAAAAGAACUCUAACAAUAUGCAAAUAUCGACGAGUGCUUGCUUAUGCAUUAUUACCCAUCACUUAUCAGAUGUUUGACACGGUAAAGAUCGACAGAAGGUUAAUGGAGAAGAUAGUAAACUUGUCGUUCAAUUUUAUUUUCGAAUCAGUGGCUUAUGUGACAGACCAACCCCUAGUGUUUGGAUCAGAGCAAAAGUAUUCCGAAAGUUCAAAGCCUCCAAUGGAUUACCUUAUUGAUUGUUUAAAAAUGAGCGCCACCAUUCUGCAAUGGCCAUUAAAUUUAUUCACCAAACAUGAGUCCAUUGCUGAUUCAUCUUCAAAUUCAAAUGACAAAACUAUGAAGUCACCAAGUGAACUUAUAACUAUUCUCGAUGAAAGCUGGGAAGAGAUCCUGUCAGACCAAAAGCAAAUGAGCCAUUCUGUCGACACCGAAGUUGGCAGCAGGCGGCGACGAAGUGCGCAACGUCGGGAAGACAUUGUGCAUAGCAGUGCUAAAAUUUCGUCUCUGGCACAUCAGUCGAUUGUUCUCUUUUGGAGUCUUCUGCUGAAUACCGCCGUUAAAUACGUUUCAUUCACUCGACCAUGUUUCAUGCAGAACACACUCAACAAUAAGGAAAAGUCAUCCGUUUCAUCCUACCCAGUUGAUAUGAGCAUCCUUUUCUCGUCCAGUCCGAUAACAGAGAAACCGAUCAGUCUUGCUACUUCUAAUACCACAUUUCCCAUCCUAGUUCACUUAUUGCAGUAUCGUAAAUAUAAAGAAGUUCCAGAAAAUUACACCUUGGGAUCACAUGAACUGAAUCUUUGGGAUGCAGCCAUUCGUCCUUCACACCGAUCUUCAAGACCUAGCUCAGUUCCAUCUUUGGAGGAGAUUGUUUGUUUUGACCUUACGUUGAGCGGCAUCCUGCGCGCUCCGUGGAUGCCACGUUGUUUGGAUUCCGACGGACCACGUGAUGUGUGUUUAAUGGAAACCUUGAUUGCAUCGGUUUGUCCACAGGAUGAUCAGAAGUUUGUACGUUGGAUUCUAUGUGCCUACUCGUUCAAUCCAUUCAGUCAAAAGCCUUGGAACGAUCUGAUACGCAAUCGAGAAGAUUUUGUGAGAAAUAUGAGUUCUGUAGCCGUUGAGGCAUCCAAAUCAGAUUAUCAUCCCAUUCGAACAACCGAAACGUGCUGGUUUGUCCAAUUUACGGAAUACAAUGUCAUCUACUUGGGUUGUAAGGUUAUUGCGCAUUGGUUGUGCUCCAACUUGUCUCGAUAUUCGGGAUCAUCGAAUGCGGUUGCCAUCGAUGCAGCUUGUUUGGCCUGUAUUAUAUAUCAGGUGGAUACUGUGGAAAAACAGAGUGCUUUUCUAUCGGAAUUGUGGCCUGCGCCUUAUCAAACAAUGUUGAAACUGGUGGAGGACAAAUGGUCCGACGUUCGAGUCCGCUUUCUCAAUUGGAUCCUCCCACCGACGUCUGCAGUGGCUGAUAGUAGCCUGAUAAAUGAAUUUGUUCUCAUUGAAGCUGCGUGGCUAGUAAAAACGGAAACCAGCACUUCCGAUUUCAUGGACGCCUGUGUCGCUUGUAUGAAGUCCCCCGUAGCUGAAUCGAUCCAUGUCCGCUUGCGGCGUUUUGUACAAACCGAAUCCAAUAACAUCCUCCUUUGUCUCAAGGAUUUGUCCGGUGUACCUACCCAGAAAAUGCAUUAA